AUGGCAGGACACAUCCAAUCCAAGGCGGCCGCACCUGCCCUCUGCGCUCGCAGCAGGCUCUUCUCGACCGCCUUGGCCGUCUUGACCCUGCUCUUCCAUCUACAUAGUACGCCACACAUGUCGACUUCAUCCCAUGUCCCCGUCCGUUCGGGCUUGGCAAGCACUGGAUCACUGUCACUGUCACUCCAGCACAACCGCCUUGGCGAGAUCCGAGCGGGACAAUACAACACAACCCAUCCCCCUACGAUCGUCGUUCUGCCGGACCACUCUCGCCGAAGCGACCGUGUCGCCCAUGUCUCGACUACUGUGUCAGACGAGCUUCCAUCUUUUCGCUCCGGGACUCCACCUUCGGAUUCCGCCCGCCCAGGUGGUGCUUGCGUCAAUCAGCGGGGCCUGCACAUCCUCCCCGUCUCGCCCGUCUCUCCGGUUCGCCCUUCCCGACGCCGUCUCCACCUGCCCUCUCCACCGCCAGACAAGCCUUCGCCGAGCGUUGACGAGCUCUGUCCACUCUGCUCACGGACCCAGCAAGCAACCUCGUGCCCAAUAGGGGGACUUGGGUGA